AUGGAGGGGCUCAGAAGCGGGUAUCAGCUUCUGGAUGUGCACAGCUAUUGGGCCAACCUCUCAGAGGCCGACCCGCGCUUCGGCCCGGGCUACUCGGCGCGCGCGGACUUCGGCCUCGAGGCGCUGACGAACGAGAGGUACGCCCGUUUGGCGCGCUCUUUUGCCGAUGGCGACGACAAGCUCUGGACAAAGUUCUUCUCUUCCUCUGUGGUUGAGAGCCUCUCCUGUGACACCGCCAAUGGCCUGGGCCCGAUUGCUUGCGCUGACUGCAGCGGUCCAUGUCGUCAAGCGGCGGUCUGCACACUCCUCUACGGGGUUUCAGAGUCCAGCGUUGCCUCCUGCUUGGACAAGGGCCUUUGGCAGGUCGCGAAGAAACCCUGGGUUUGGUAUGCAGACCUCCGUGUUGUGGCCGUGUGCCUGCUGAUUUUCAUAGCGCUGUCCCUCUUUCAGUGGCGGCGGCGGCUUCGGCAGGUCGAAGCACUGCGACUGCCCGCACGCGCGGAGGAGGCCUUCAAAGCGAAGCCUGCACCCAGUCGUUGCCCGGCAUUUGGCAUUUUACCGCGUUUGGAGGAGUGCAUGAUUUUAGUCCUUGUCACCGUCCUCAUUGCCCCUGAACAUUCCUACGUCGAUACCAGUGGUCACGGCGCAGGUCGAGCUGCGUGGUACAUCGCAGAGGGCGUAAGAGAAAAAAAGCAUGCGUGCGUGAUGGUGCAGACAGCUAUCAGAGCAUCUUCUGUCUGGUUCUUAGCAGGGAAUGAGGAGAUGAUCCGCAUCCUCGCCAUUAGCCUCGCUGCCGCAUCCUGGGCUGCAGAAGUCCCAGCAGGCUGCUUCCUGCACGGCCAAGGAUACAACCAGACAUCGGGUCAGCCGAUUCGGGUACUGACGACAAAUGCCGAGCUCUGCCAGGAAGAAUGCAAGCGCACGGAGGUUUGUGCAUUCUUUACAUGGUUCAACAACACUCAAGGCUGCUGGCUACAGAGCUCGGCGGCAACGCUGUCGAUCGUCUCGGACCAGGUGGUCAGCGGGCCAGUCAGGUGCAUUGACAUGAAGACCGCCCACAGGAUUGUUACAGCGCUCAACGAGAGCACCGGUGCUGCCUUCCCCUGGUGGGCAUGGCUUUUCAUUGGCCUCCUCGUGGCCGCGGGCGGCCUGCUUUGCUUGGCCUGCCUCUGCUGCACGCAGAACAAGAGUCGUUCCAAGAGGUCCAAGCGGCUGGACCAGUCCCGGGACAUCGAGGUCGCCCGCGGUGCCGCUGAGGCUCAGGUCCCCCUCACGGGAGCCGCCUACGCGGGCGCUGCGGGCCCCACCAGCCCGCAGGCCGCCGGCUACGCGGGAGCCGGCUAUGCGGGCGCUGCGGGCCCCACCAGCCCGCAGUCGGCCGGCUACGCGGGAGCCGGCUACGCGGGCGCUGCAUACCCCACCGGCCAGCAGAUGGUGGCCGCUGCGCCCGCUGUGUCGGCAGCUCCUACCGUGUCGCCUGCUUACAGGUCCGGAGCAAUGGCGGCCGCGGCACCUCAGGUUGCCUCCAAUGUCAGCGUUGCGCCUGCUGUGCACCUGCCUACCAUCACAGUCCCGGCACAGGCCCAACCGAGCGCGAACUAUUACGUCCCAGUACCGGCUGCACCACAAGUGGUCACAGGCAUACCGCAGGAGCCCACCUACGUCCCAUAG